AUGACGCUGAAUCCUACAAAGCCCAAAAGAAUCGCGAUUACUGGCCAGCAACGAGCUGCGCUACGCGCCCAACACCAUCUAAAGCCGUAUCUAUCGAACAUCGCCCUUAGGGAUUGGUUUAAUACAACAGACAACCGUGCAAUUGAUGCCUCUAUCGUCUCUAGAAGCCUAUCUGGCAAAUACGCGUAUCUUGACGAUAAUACCAGCAACUUUCACCUCCAGAAAACAAAGCAUCGCGCAGAACACUGGCCAGAGCCUGAGAAUAAAGCUUCAGAUAAGGAGAAAGGCCAGGAACUAGAGAUCCAGCCACAGGUAUCAGUAGUUGACGCUUUAGAGGCACUUUUUGUGGUACGCCUCUACUUUGAGCAGUCAUAUACUAGUGAUCUGCCUGCUUUACAAAUGCUGCAGCGUUUAGAGAGUUCUCUAGAACGCAAAAGGUUCGAUUCUCGACACUAA